AUGUUGCUGGACCUCCCAGAGGAGACUCUUUGUCUCAUUGGGGAAGAGCUGGGUUUCCAGCAUGAUCGAUAUUCCCUAGUUCGAUCAUGUCGUCGACUGUACACAGUUCUGCUACCAACUCUCUACUCCCGGGUCGUUCUUUGUGAUGUUAGCAAUCAUACUAUUGGUCAAGUCAGUCAAUUUUUCAAUUCAAUCGCCCGACAGCCAGAAUUGGCGAAUGCCGUGCGAGCUUUACGCUUGGAGAGUUGGGACACCGAGGAUGACACCGAGCACAUCGACUGUGAAUUCGAAUAUGAUGAGGAACUGAUCAACAGCCUUGUCGCCGGUACAUGUUGGUCCACGCAGCCCUACGAUGAACUGCGGCGCGGAAACACCGAUGCUUGGUUAGCUUUGCUCCUCCCCCAGCUGAAAGGCUUAAGACAAAUCAGCAUAUGCUACUCGUACGGGUCAGAAUAUGUUGAUGCUAUGUUCGUAAAGGCUGCCAGGGAGGAUGCCACAGUAUUUCGUCGACUCGCCGACGCUUUCGUGGAAUGGUCUGACUCGGAAUACGGCAUCCAUGCAAGCUGCAUGGAACCUUUCUUCAAAUUCCCAGCGAUGCGCAGGAUUGGAGGAUCCUCGAUGGUCGACUCCAGUCGUGAAGAGGGCCGCAUUACAGCCUUCUCGGGAGUCACAGAUAUCGAUCUCGACAUGACCAACACUGAGUGUGGAUUCGGUGUCUGGAUUGAAUCUUGCAAGGCUCUCAAGACAUUCCGCUUGAACAUUGGCGGGUCAAUGGUCUCAGAUGGACCCGAUUUUGUAUCGGCUCCCCUUCGAGAAUCUAUAUCCCUUCACAAGUCAACACUAGAGGCGCUCUGGCUCUGUGGCGAAUCAUACCAGGAUCCGGAAGAAGAAGAUGAUGGAUGGAUGGGAUCGUUUGCCGAUUUCAAUAUGAUGAAAUAUCUACAUAUUUCUAUCUCAAUGCUUGCCAGGCUUGACGAAUAUUAUGAGCCCACACAAGACCUCGUGGCGCUUUUGCCGCCGUCCCUUGAGACUUUGUAUCUGUGUCACUGCCACAGUGAGCUACUCGAUUGGGCCGUCGAUCAACUCGCACGCUUGGUGAAUUCAAAUUGUCUGCCACGUCUUACUUCCUUGGGACUUGAAGGUUGGGGUCCUUCAGAGGUUGAGGAGAGUUCCGUGGAGACUAUGCGCAGGCUGGAGGAGUUGGACAAAAAAUGUGCAGAAGUUGGGCUAUACUUUGCUACUUCUAUUGGAAGUCAUAGAGCGGUCCCGGGUCGUUUUGUAUCGCUUUGGCCUUGUGACUAA